AUGGUCGUCCUCGCCGCGUCCGUCGUGACCAAGGGCGGCAAGGCGCUCGUCUCGAGGCAGUUCGUCCCGAUGACGCGCAUCCGCAUCGAGGGCCUCCUAGCCGCGUUUCCGAAGCUCGUCGGAUCCGGGAAGCAGCACACGUACGUGGAGACGGAGAACGUCCGGUACGUGUACCAGCCGAUCGACCAAGGGAACAUGUACCUCCUGCUCGUCACGAACAAGGCGUCGAACAUCCUGGAAGAUCUCGACACCCUGCGCGUGCUGUCGAAGGUUCUCCCCGAGUACACGCAGAUGCAGACGGACGAGGAGGGCGUGAGCCGAGCGGCGUUCGACCUGAUCUUCGCGUUCGACGAGGUCAUCUCGCUGGGGCACAAGGAGAACGUCACGAUCUCGCAGGUGCGGACGUUCACGGAGAUGGAGUCGCACGAAGAGAAGCUGCACAAGAUGAUCAUCCAGAGCAAGAUCAACGACACGAAGGACGUGAUGAAGAGGAAGGCGAUGGAGAUCGACAAGCACAAGAUCGAAUCCAUGCCCGGCGGCGGAGGGCGCUCGCACCGCGGCAUGGGCGGCGGAGGGUACGGCGGCAGCGGCGUGGGAGGGUACCACGACGACAUGGGCGGCGGAAGAGGUGGCAUGGGUGGAGGCGGGUUCGGGAGCAGCGGCAGCUUUGGGGAUCUGGACGCGGGCGGCGGCGGCGGCGGCGGGAUGGGGGCCAUGGGCGGGAGCUCCCGCGGCGCGGCGGCGCCGUCCGUGCCGUCCAAGUCCGGCCCGUCGCGCGGGCUCGUCCUCGGCGGGAAGCAGAAGCAAAACAAGUUCCUGGAGAACCUCCGCGCGGAGGGCGAGGCGGUGGAGUUGGACUCCAGGGCGGCGGCGGGGGCGCCGCGCGCCGGGGUGCCCGCCGUCGCGCGCGAGGGCGUCUCGCUUCAGAUCGAAGAGAAGCUCUCCGUCGUGUUAAAGAAAGACGGCGGCCUCGAAUCCAUGGAGCUCCAGGGCACGAUGAUGCUCGAAGUGUCCGGCGGCGAGGAGGACGCGUUCAUCCGCGUCGCGAUCAACACGGGCGUCAACGAGGGGUUCCAGUUCAAGACGCACCCGAACAUCGACAAGAACCUGCACGCGUCGGAGAACGUGUUGGGUCUGAAGGACCCGAAUCGUCCGUUCCCGAUGGGCUCGCCGCUCGGGAUCUUGAAGUGGCGGUUUCAGACCACGGACGAGAGCAAAGUCCCGCUGUCGAUCAACUGCUGGCCGUCCGUCAGCGGCGGGGACUCGUUCGUCUCGAUCGAGUACGAAGCCGCGAGCGCGUUCGACUUACACAACGUCGUGAUCGCGAUCCCCCUCCCCGCGCUGCGCGAGCCCCCGACCGUGAACCAGAUCGACGGCGAUCACCGGUACGAUUCGCGCAGGCACGUGCUGUACUGGGACAUCACGCUGAUCGACGAGUCGAACAGGAACGGCAGCAUGGAGUUUGUCGUCCCGGCGACGGAGAGCGAGGCGUUUUUCCCGAUCUCAGUCGACUUCACGUCGAAGGACACGCUGUGCGACGUGAAGGUGGACCAGGUGACGCGGACGACGGACGGCGGCGCCGUUAAGUUUUUCGGCGAGUCCGCGAUCGUGUGCGAGAGCUACCAGGUCGUGUGAGCUUGAUGAAACAUAUCCAUACUACACCACGAGCCCCGAUU